UAAAGGUGUUUGUUUAAAAGCUAAAUAUUUCCAGCCAGGAGUUGACAGGAUGCCGGGCGUGGUCUUCCUAAUCGUCGUGCCAACGGCGAAUUUUGAACGUGAGCUGAUUUACGGCACUUCAAAUAAUGUCCUAGUGGAGACGUCGGCCGGUGGCAUUGGCAGCCAUCCAGGACACCUCGGUCCGCAUCCUGCGGUCGCUGCAUCUGGCAAUGGAGGUGGCAACAAUAAUCUGAACAUCAAUCUUCCGGAGAAUAACAACGCAAUACUACGACUCGAAGUUGAAUUACGUGACAAGAAUGUGCCCAAGUAUCGUCGUGGAGUGGGCGGCGGUGGGCGUGGCGGCGGUCCUGGCAUCGGACAAGUGGGCGGAGGAGGAAGGGGGAGGAGAAGAGGGGGCGCAGGAGCUGCGAUUGGAGCAGCUGACACCUCCACGGUCGCCGCUCCGCUGGACAGACGUAAUUUAGUGGUGCCGCUCGAAAAGGUUCUCGAGGAGCUGCUCGUCAAGCUGGAAAUCGAGCACGUUACUUGGACGACCAGCAAGAAGGGAUACUUCCAUCACGUCGUCUUCCCACUGCAGGCAGGAGCCGCCUGCGAAACCACCUUGCACUGCCUCACCGAGCUGGGCAUCGGCACUAAAUUGAAUUCCAGUGUCAGUGUUCUGCCGUGCAGCGUUAGUUAUGAUGCCAUCUCGGAUGCGGCCAACAUGCGCGACGACUACAGCGAGGAAGCGGAGGAUGCCUCGAAAUGGAACAAUUUUGUGGAAUCAAUUAAAUCGAAAUUAACAGUCAAACAGGUGGUGGAUGGCGUUCGGGCAGGAGGAUCCUUGUCCUUCGACUAUUUGCUGCUAAUCGUUACUGCCGACUCUUUGGCGGCCCUCGGGUUGGUGGAGAAUAAUGCCCCCAAUAUAGUGGCUGCCAUGUUAGUUUCGCCGCUUAUGGGUCCCGUAAUGUCGAUAACAUUCGGCGCAAUUAUCUCCGACAAAGAACUAAUGCGCGUUGGCUUCUUGUGUUUGGGCCUUGGCAUGUUUAUCUCCCUUCUAUUUGGCUUCAUCUUCGGCUUGAUUUUGGGCACCACCGAAAUGCCAUGGGGCCAAAAUUCCGAUUGGCCCACCGAGGAAAUGCGCGGCAGGGGCAAUGUGCGCGCCCUUUGGAUGGGCGUGUUGUGGGCGUUGACAUCCGGCACGGGCGUGGCCGUGGCCUUGCUCCAAGGCUCCGCAGGACCUCUGAUCGGGGUCGCCAUCUCCGCCUCGCUGCUGCCACCCGUCGUCAAUUGUGGUCUCUUCUGGUCACUGGCCUGCAUUUGGCUCAUCUACCCGGAGAAGCGGAUUCCCCACUUGAAGAACGAGGCGAUGAACUCGACCAGCGCGUAUCCCUUCCUCUACACCAACUACUUGCCCACCGAGUUCCUGAUCAAUGGCAUCGUGUCCGCCUGUCUGACCAUCGUGAAUGUGAUUUGCAUUUUCAUCACGGCCAUAAUCGUACUCAAAAUUAAAGAGGUCUCGGCGCCAUAUACGGCCAGUCCGGACUUAAAGCGAUUCUGGGAAACAGAUCUUCGCACCGUUCGCAAAACGAACCGCUCGACAAUGCGGCAUCCCCGCAGCAGGAGUUCCAUGGCCGGAGGACCUGGAGGAGGGAUGGGCACCGUCAGGGGUUUGGACAAGUUCAGCAGUGGCGCCCAUUAUUUCGGACUGGACGAGCGGGAUGCCCAGAUGGACAAUGCCCUCGAAAGGGCUUUGGCCCAGGCCGAAAACGAUGCCACUUUCAAGAAGGUCAAAAGGAUGAGUUACUCCAGCAACGCGGCUGGCGAGCUCACUGAACGGUUGGCCAAAAUUGCUGGACUAAAUCGGCUUAAAACCGAAGGAGAUCCUGGCCAAACAGGAUCAGGCAGCCUUUCUGGCAGUCGGAUGAACUCGAUUCCCAAUUCCCAACUAAAUGUGGAUCUGAAAGCUCUUGACAAACUGGUGAGCAACCUUUUGGAGCAGCACACUUCUGGCGGAAAAGGAGGCACCUCCAUAGCUCCACAAACAGGAACUCGAACUCCACCACUCCAGAGAAUGGCAUCCAAGAAGCUGAACCGAUGGAGACCCCUUUCCCGAUCCGCUCACAGUUACAAACGCCACGAGAGCAGCGAUCUUAUAGGAGGCAGCUUCACCCAACUGAUGGAGCGUGUUGAUCCUCCAGCCACUUCUGCCCAGCAUCCACCCAACAUGCCCACGAUCAUGGAGAGCAGUGCUGGCAGUCCCGGGAGUCCCACUCCCAAUAAUGCCCAACAGCAGGCGGGUCAUCCGCCCAUGUGGAACGCCUCCUUGGAAUCCACCCCGGGAGCAGUGAGGAAUGUCCUUCAUGGCAUUGGACAAGUAGCCAGUGGAGUGGCAAGACCCGAACCCGAGGAUCAGCUUAAUUUGACUCAUAACUAUGUGGGUUAAGCUGAUGAACCCUUUUUGUUUGAUUUUUUGCUUUCAAAAUUAUUUUUAAUCGUUAUGUUUUUAUUCCUGGAAUCGUUUUGUUCUUGUAUUAAAAAUAUUUUAAC